AAUCUAACCUAAAAACGCCAAAGUUUCGUCCCUACAACUGCAAGUUGUAAGUGUACUCCAACUCCAAUGUGACUUUGUGACGAUAUAUUUACGCUUCGAUCAGAUUGAACAAGUUUUGUUUAAUAUACACGUAAAGAUUUCAUAUUUUAAAAGCAAAGUGUAUUUACUUGAUCUACAAUUCCUUGAAAAGCAUGUCGACAUUUACUUUUGGAUCGCCUUCGACAACAAACAAUACAAACUUCGGAUUUGGACAAAAACCAGCAACAGGUUUUAAUUUAACUAGCGUACCAUUUGGUUCGACUACACCCGCAUCUACGCUGUCUUUUGGAGCUUCCACGAUACCAGCAACAACUAGUAGUCUAAGUUUUGGGUUCAAUAGCACCCCUGGAAUUUCCACCCAAGCACAAUCGAGCAACCUAGUUUUAGGAUCUAAUGUAGCAGCCACAACAACUGCUACUAGCUUAUUUCCAACUGCUACUACUAGCACGUCGCUAUUCAGCAAUCUUUCUUUUGGGGCACCUGCAGCAAGUACUAGUUUAGCAUUUGGUACUCCAAGUAAUACAUCUACCACUGGGAAUCUUACAUUUAGCGCACCUACUACUACAACACCACUUUUUGGUGGAUCUAUUACCAGUGGUGGUUUAUUAGGAUCCAAGCCACUUACCAGUACUAGUGUUACAACCACCACGAAUAAAGGCCUAGGAGGUUUAGAUGUAUCGGUAAGCAAUAAAGGUCUUUCGCAAGGAAGCAAUAGUCCAGCUACUACUAAAGACAAUGUUUGGCCACCGGAAUUAAUGCAGACAAUAGACAAAUUCAAAGAGUUUGUGAAAGAACAGAAGGUGUUGUCUUCGGAUAUAGCAAGGGGUUCUGCGAGACCGCUAAAUCGAUGCGCAGAAGAUACAACUUUGUUAAUGGAAAUGUUAACGACGUUAGCUGGUUCUGUCCAAAGAGAUCGUUCUUCGGCUGAUAAAUUAAAGCAAGAUACAGCGAGAGCAUUACAAAACGCAGAAAUAGCACAAAGGACACACGAUACUCCAUUAGGAUUACAAUAUGAAAAUAACGCGCCAUUGUUAUUUUUCAUGGAAUUAGUUGAUAAUUUUGAACACGAUUUAAUGCUGUUUAGGUCUCAAAUUGAAACAACAGAGAAGCAUAUACAAGCAAUGAUGACUCCGAAAACUUUAACACCGCAAGAAUUAACAAUGGCUAUGAGUAAACUUCACGAGUCCCUGGUAGCUGUUGCUGGUAAAUUACAAGGAGUGCAUUCUAAAGUACAGCAACACAAGGAACAGUAUCUGAAUUUUAGGAAGUAUGUUUUGAAAGACAAUACAAAUGUUUUCGAAGAUGUUAAAACGGACGGGAAAACAUUUCGACAUAACUUCGGAAAAAUUACAAGUGGUCCGACUCCAUUUGGACCUGGAAACAAAAGCUUUCUUUCGUCGACAGCUUUGAACUCUAACAGACCGGGAACUUACGAAACUCGAAAUCCAUUAGUUUGGGGAAAUGCGAUACCAACAUCAUCUGCUACUAACAUUAAUCUAGGCCCAUCAUUGAAACCGCCAACUGCAAGUUUGACUUUUAAUAUUCCAACAAACCUUACUGCACCUUUACCAACAAGCGAGUCGAGUACGAGUUUUCAACUUCAGAAACCUCCCGUUGGUAAUAAAAGAGGAAAACAUUAAACGGUAUUUCUCUCGAUAUCACUUGAAAUAAUGUUCUCUACUAUACUUUUUGUUACGUUGCGUAGAAUUAAUUUGUUUAUUUAAUUGAAAAAAGGUUUUUACCUGCGCGAUAAAAAUAUAACAACAAAUUAUUUUUUUUUUAUUCGAUGUAUAAUUGUAAUUCGAAUGGGUUUUAUUGAGUACGUGUUUUAUACGCACAGUGAUAAAUGUCACAAACAUAUUUAAAAAUACAUUGUCAUUUUACUAAUUGUUUUAUUAAUAAUUGCUGAGUAGCAUACCGUUUUCUAUGAGAAUCUAUUAUUGUGUAAGUUGUAUCCUAACGUCUAAGCCCCCCUUUCAGGAUGAAUUCAACGGUUUAGGGAGUCUUUUAGCUUAGAUCUUGACAAAAAUUGAUUUUCUUUUUAUUUACAAUCUCUUAAAAUUUUUGAUAGCAUUUGUACAUGGAAGAAAUCUUUAUGGAUUAAAUAAUCAGUAUUUUUUAUAUCUCGAAAGUGAUGGAUUUCUUUCGUCAAUUUUACGAUAACUAAGCCGAAAAAUCUCUCAUAAACGGUGAAACAAGUUCUAAAGCUUUUUCGAUCAUUGUUGGAAUAGCAUGUUGUUUUAAUACGAGUAAGUUGUAUUUACUUAUACAUGUGUAUUGUUUCUUAAUUGUAAUAAACUGAAUUUAUUUAUAGAA